UAAAUAAAAGCAUACGCCGACCAGUUCGCGCGACUCAGUUGUGUUGCGUUUGUUGUGCGGCGUAAAAUACGUAUCAAAGUUUAAGAGAGUUUGGUGUCUAUUUGUUGGUAUUAAUCAGAAGUUUAAGCAAUGUUUUCUAAGGGAUGUGGAAUACCAUUUGGUGGUGAAAUGCAGCGAACUGCUCCCGAUCCGAAAGACCAUCAAGAUGGUCACUACUCGAUCAUCGGCUCGAGAAUUCUUCGCCCAAAUUCCGUGUACUGUGUACAGGUGUCAACGUUCGAUACGAAGUCACCGGUUGCGUUCCGCAUAUCGAUCGUAGCCAAGGAGAAAAGCAUUAAAAGUGAAGAAAUUACCCUAACCGGCAAUGAGUCACGUCUGCUGCGCUUUACGAUUGACAGUAUUCCUGAGGAUGAGUACGAGCUGAUGGCGGAAGGUCUGUCCGGCUUGGUGUUCAAAACAAAGGCUCACAUAGAUUUCGAUAACAAAUUCUGCUCGGUGUUGAUACAGACUGAUAAGUCUGUGUACAAACCGGGCGAUACGGUUCGAUACCGUGUGCUGGUGCUGGAUCGCUACAUGAAGCCGCUACCGGUGGACGACGGUGGCAUGAUGGUGUACAUUCGCGACGGCAAGGGCAAUCGAGUCAAGCAGUGGAACGAUGCAUCGCUCGGCGAGUGCGGUGUGUUCCAGUCGGAACUCACACUGUCCACCGAGCCGGUACUGGGCGCGUGGGACAUCAAUGUUGAUGUGCUUGGAUUGAAACACACCAAAUCGUUCGAUGUGGACGAGUAUGUACUGCCGACGUACGAAGUAACGUUAGAAUCACCCGGCCACACGUUCCUAGAUGAUGAACUGCUUAAGCUGGUGAUAAACUCCAAGUACACCUACGGCAAACCGGUAGUCGGUGAGCUGACCGUGUCCAUCAAGGUGGGCCAGUCCAUGUGCUUCGGCCGUGGGCCAAACACUUCCAGCAUCUGUCAGAAGGUGGUACCGACCGAAGGCAGGACGGUGGUGGAGUUCAACCUGAAGGAGAUACUGCUCAACAAAAUGUACAUCCGCGAGCUCCAGAUCGAGGCGGAGGUGUGUGAAGCCUUAACGGGGCGCACCCAGCAAGGAUCGACCACGGUGACAUUGCAUGAAAAUCGUUUCGAAGUUCGAUUCAUCGAAGAGUCGAGCUACUUCCCGGGACUACCGUACAACGCCUGGAUACAGGUGACGAAUCUCGACGGUAGCCCGGUUCGGGAAGGCACGAGGGAGGUUGAGAUAGCGCUGCGAAACUACAACACGGAUCUGUUCAAGCAGACCGGAACGCUGGAUGAUGCGGGAAAGGUGAAGUUGAACGUGCAGCUAGACGAGCUGACCUUUGAUUAUGUGAGCGUGGAGGUAAAGUUUCGUGGCAAGGACUAUUACGUGCAGGGAAUCACGAAGCCGCGGGCUGACCAGGAAGCAUUUAUGAAGGCGAUGCCUUUGGAGAAACUAACAAUCCCCGGAACGGAGCUAAAGUUUGAUGUAGCCUGCACGAAACCGUUACAGCUGGUGGCCUAUUCGUUGCUGGCACGCGGGGAACUUUUGGCAGGAGGCGCCGUACAGGGAGCAGAUAACAAACAGACCAGUAUUACUAUUCCGUCCAGCUACUGCAUGGUGCCUCGUGCUAAGCUGCUAGUGCACUACAUCUCCCCUACGGGGUACAUCGUGUCAACUUAUACGGAAGUAAAGUUUGGACGAUUGUUUGAAAAUCAGAUUCAACUUACUCUUUCAAAAGACGAAGUGAAGCCGGGAGAGUCGUUGGAUAUUGAUGUACGAACAGAGGAAGGCUCAUUUGUAGGACUGCUGGCUGUUGAUCAGAGCGUACUGCUGCUCAAGUCUGGCAACGAUAUCGGUCGGGAACAGAUCGAACAAGAGUUGGAGAUGUACGAAUCGUCUCAAAGCCAUCACCGCUAUUGGAAUAACAAUUCUACAUCGGAUUGUCAGUCCGUUGGAGCGGUAUUGCUGUCGAACAGGUUUAUUCCAAAAGACAUAUUUCCCCGAGGUGUAAUGUUUGCCUGCAGAGCAGCUCCGAUGGGAGGUGUAUUUGGCGCAGCACCCCAAAUGAUGCUAAAACGUGCCAAUAUGCCUAUGAUGGAAGCUGACAUGAUGAUGGAAUCAGCUGCAGAACCGACCAUUCGUGCAAACUUUCCCGAAACGUGGAUUUGGGAAAGUAUUAUCAACAGCAAAGAAACGGAAAGCAUUAGAAAGAUCGUACCGGACACGAUCACGUCUUGGAUCAUUACUGGCUUUUCGCUCAGCAAAAGCCAAGGCUUUGGGUUGAUGGACAGUCCGUCGAAAGUGAACGUAUUUAUGCCAUUUUUCGUCACGAUCGAUCUACCGUACUCGGUAAAGCUGGGAGAAACCGUACGAAUACCGGUAAUCGUGUUUAACUACAUGGAUGAGGAUCAAACGGCGGAUGUAGUCUUCUUCAACGAUAAUGAUGAAUUUGAAUUUUUUUCGGAUGAUGCAGCCGACCAGCAAGAUAAACAUCGCCAGGAAAAGCUGCCGGUGUCUCGUGGAGGUGGCAAAACGCUUACCUUUAUGAUAAAACCCACCAAAGUGGGACACAUAACGCUCAAGCUCACAGCCAAGUGUGCGCUGGCAGGUGACGGUAUCGAGCGACAGCUGCUCGUCGAACCGGAAGGUUUGCCACAGUACAUCAACAAAGCUCUGUUGAUCGAUUUACGCUCGGUGAAGGAAGUUAGUCAGACGUUUGAGGUACAGGUACCGGCAGAUGCCGUCCCCGACUCAACGAAGGUGGAAGUGUCCGUGAUUGGGGAUGUGCUGGGUUCGUCGAUCGAAAAUCUCGACUCGCUCAUACGUAUGCCGUUCGGGUGCGGUGAGCAAAACAUGCUCAACUUUGUCCCCUGUAUCGUGGUGCUGGAUUAUCUGAAAGCCUGCCGGCGGUUGACGGUGGAGAUUGAAAGCAAGGCAAAGAAGUGCAUGGAGGUAGGCUAUCAGCGGGAGCUGACCUACAAGCAUCAGGACGGAUCGUUCAGCGCGUUCGGCGAGAGCGAUAAGAGCGGCAGCACCUGGUUGACUGCGUUCGUGGCGAAAUCGUUCCAGCAGGCCGCUGCUCACAUCACCAUCGAGGAGGAUGUGAUUGAUAAGGCGCUCCAGUGGCUCAGCAAGAUACAGUCAGCUGAUGGAGCUUUCCCGGAAGUUGGCUCGAUCUGCCACAAGGAUAUGCAGGGUGGUGCAGGCUCGGGGAUAGCUCUAACCGCGUACACCGUGGUGGCGUUCCUGGAGAAUGCAAAGCUUGGGGAAAAAUUCAAAUCGACCGUUGACAAAGCGCUAGCGUACAUCCAGCAGCACAUCGCCGAGCUUGAUGAUGUGUAUGCGCACGCGCUGGCUGCGUACGCUCUUCAGAUUGCGAAGCAUUCACUCAAGGAUGAAGUGUUGGCAGGUCUACAGUCGAAAGCAACGAAAGAGGGUGAUAUGCAAUGGUGGACAAAGUCACUGCCGGAAAAGACUGAGACCGACUGUUGGUGGCAUCGUCCGUGUUCGGUGAACGUGGAGAUGAGUGCGUACGGGCUGUUGGCAACGCUCGAAACUUGUACCGGGCUGGAAGGUUUACCCAUCAUGAAGUGGCUGGUUUCACAGCGUAACGAUAAGGGUGGUUUCGAGUCCACCCAGGACACGGUAGUCGGGUUGCAGGCUCUGUCCAAAAUGGCCGCCCAAUUAUCGUCCUCCGAGGCGGAUGUUUCGAUUAAGGUAACAGCGCCAAAUGGCCAGGAGCGGAAUAUUUCCGUCAACAAGCAUAAUACGCUGGUAUUGCAGAAGCAUGAGCUUGCCGUGGACACAAAGAAGGUGGACAUGGCCGCGACUGGCACUGGUUGCGCGCUGUUCCAGCUGUCGUACAAGUACAACAUCAAGGACGUGGACAAGGCUCCCCGUUUUAUGCUGAAAUCCGAAGCAAAGAAGGGAUCGAUCAAGAGCUGCAUUGAUUUGACCGUUACGACGAGCUUUAUCCCGCAGGAAGAUCAGGCCGUCUCCAACAUGGCCGUUAUGGAGGUGGAUAUGCCGAGUGGAUUCAUCGUGGAGGCGGACGUACUAAAGCAGCUGAAGGAACUUGAGCUCGUUAAGAAAGUGGAAACUAAGCGUGGCAACACGACGGUAGUGCUGUACUUCGACAACGUCAGUGAGGACGUCAUCAAGCUGCGAAUGUCCGCGUUCCAGAAGCACGAGGUGGAGAACGCCAAACCGGCCAAUGUGAUCAUAUACGACUACUACGACAAUACUCGCUGUGCUCGUUCGUUCUAUGAAGUCGCAGCUUGAGUCGCAGCUACUUGAUGCGAAACCCAUUAGCCUUGCGUUCCAGGAUUGAACGCGCAUUGAUGUUUUGAUGUGAAAAGAAGCUGCAACACAGAUUUAAAUACAAACGCACAAUAAAACCGCACCGAGCGCCUCAUAUAAGCG